AGCGACGCACCGCAAGAACAGGCGCUUCCGGCCAGCUCAGCGCGUCGUCAGUACUGUUGUGUUGUCAGUCGUCAUUCUCCUGUCUGACAGUUACCUUCAGCUGCAUUGCUGUAGCUGGCACCGGUGGCGGAGAACAACACAAUAUUACUGCUUAAACAUGGUGCUCCUUACUAUGAUCGCGCGGUUGGCGGAUGGGUUACCGCUGGCUGCUUCGAUGCAAGAAGACGAACAGCUGGGUAGGGACCUGCAUCAGUACCAGAGCCAGGCCAAGCAGCUGUUUAGGAAGCUGAAUGAGCAGAGUCCCACACGCUGUACCCUGGAGGCUGGAGCCAUGGCAUUCCACUAUGUGAUAGAGAAGGGUGUGUGCUACCUGGUGCUGUGUGAGGCCGGCUUCCCCAAGAAGCUGGCGUUCGCCUACCUGGAGGACCUACAGGCAGAGUUCCACGAGCAACACGGCAAGAAGGUCCCCUCUGUCUCCAGACCCUACUCCUUCAUCGAGUUUGACACAUACAUCCAGAAGACUAAGAAGUCGUACAUCGACAGCCGCGCCAGGAGGAACCUGGGCAACAUCAACACAGAGCUGCAGGAUGUGCAGAGGAUCAUGGUGGCCAACAUAGAGGAGGUGCUGCAGAGAGGAGAGGCUCUGUCUGCUCUGGACUCUAAGGCCAGUAACCUGUCCAGUCUGUCUAAGAAGUACCGCAGCGAUGCCAAGUACCUGAACACGCGCUCCACCUACGCCAAGCUGGCGGCCGGAGGAGUGUUCUUCAUCAUGCUCAUCGUGUACGUCCGCUUCUGGUGGCUCUGAGCAGAAGAGGAGGAAGGCCCUGUCUUACACUCUGUCAUCCUCCCUCCCUCCUCCCUCCUUCCUGGAGGACGUCUCUGGUACAUGACAGGGUGGGUGUUGUCACGUCUUCAGCCCAUCUUGUCACAGCGCAUCAGCGAUUACCCCCACGGUAGCACAGCCGGGUUACAUUAACUACCACAGAACCACAUAGCAACACCCGUAGGAACAGCUGUGUGCAGUUGCAGGGUAGUUAAUGUAACCUGUGAUGUCCCCCGGGGAAGGAAGGAGGAGGGAAUGGAUCUAGGAAAGGACAGAGGAGAGGAGAAAUAUUCUUAGGUGGCAGUGGAUGAUGAGAAGGGUUCAUUUGUUUUACUCGUUUUAAUAUCGCGUCCCUCCGUUCUGAACACUGUAGUUGAAACACAACAUUAUUUUCCCUCUCUCUCUCCAUCUCUGUCAUGUUAUAUUUACACACCUGAUGUUGUAACAACCGGAACACACUGGUCCUAUAGCGGUUAAUUUAGGGGAGUGAGUGUGUGUGCCUGCGUAUGUGUGUGUGUGUAGCAAUCAUAUGAUUAAACACAUUAGACUGAGCGUGUGAUUGUGUGAAAAUGAACAAGUGUUUCCUGUGUACAGUGAUACCAGUUCCUGUAUGAUAACUGUUCUACGCUCACAUUUAUGACAUCUGCAGUCUAAGAUCCCAUCACACAUCCUUAGCCAGGACAGACAUCAGACUCACUAUCAUGGUUUGGAGGUGUGGCCUCCAGAACUGCAUCAUGUGUCAGUCCCAUAGCACUGGGAGGAGGCUGGUGUUAGGGGGAGGAGUCAGAUGUUAGUGGGAGGGGUCAGGUGUUAGUGGGAGGGGUCAGGUGUUAGUGGGAGGGGUCAGGUGUUGGUGGGAGGGGUCAGGUGUUAGUGGGAGGGGUCAGGUGUUAGUGGGAGGGGUCAGGUGUUAGUGGGAGGGGUCAGGUGUUAGUGGGAGGGGUCUGGUGAUGCAGGAUUAGCCCACAUAUCAACACACGGUGAAACAAGCCAGACCACCAGAUAUCCUUCCCCAGAGGUCUGUAUCCCACACACACACACCUCUCUCCAGAGUGUGUCUCCCAGGGAUGUCCUGCUGUCAUGUACUAGGUGCACACAGGUGGAGACCUGACGUAAAGAGCCCUGAAGAUUGCAGAAGAGCGAGGGCCAGGUGUGGACCAGGCAGCGCACAGUUAAUGCUUGUUUAGCUCCAGUCUGCUUCCUCUCCCUUGAUGAAUAAAUCUGAUUUGCACAUUUUG